AACCCCUUGGCGCCGGUGCCUCCCGGCCCUUUCAGGGUUUCAGAAGCUGGGAGGCAGGGCAGGGUGUUAGGUUCAUGUGACCACCAUUAUCACAUGAUCGGGAAAGGUCCCGAUCGCAAGAGGAGAUCGGGACCUUUCCGUGAGUACCGGACAUGUGUGCUGGGAGCGAGCGCUCUCAGCACAUAUGUUUUUCUUAAUAGCACACAAAUGUGCGGCCGCUCAGCGUCAAGGCCCAGACGCCGGGAGGUCGCACAUUUGCGUGCGGCCAGCGCCAAGUGGUUAAUAUUC